CACCCUGGUAGAGGGAUGGCGUCCGUGCGCACGCGCUCCGCAUCCCCUAAGUCGGUCUCGUUCUCCCCUGUGCUCGAGCGCAAGUACAGCGCGGACCGCGGCCCGGCCCAGCCUCCCGAGCUGAAGUCCACGGACUGGAGGAAAUACUUUACCGAUUUCAGUGCUUACCUCGAUGCCUUGCUCGCUGAUCUUCAGAACUCUAUCAACCCUGGCGCCAGGGUCGGUAGCCCAGGAAGAACUAGUUCUCCCGGUGGUAGAACUAGUUCCCCAGGGAGAACUGGAUCUCCCCUCGGCAGAGGCACCUCCCCUGGUCGCCUGAGCUCCCCGGGAGGGAGCCUCAGUUCUCCGACGUCCACUGGCUACGGCUCCAUCAAUGGAUCGAGGAAUAUCAGUUCAGAUUAUAAUAAACCUGGAUCGCCAACAUACCAAAACACAAGCUCGUUAAAUGAGAAGAUAAUCCCAGUCAAAUACUCGAGCAGCACCGCCGGCUAUGGUGGCCACACGCCCAAUUACAACACGGGACAGCCCGGCUACGGGCGGACGACAGGUGGACGAGGAAACCUCUCCGAGUUGGACACCCUACUCGACGACCUCAGCAACGCAAGAUAUGGCAACUAUGCCGACAAGUCUUUCAAUGAUCGAACUGAUGGGUACGCGCGCACCAACGGCGCCACGAGCCCAGCUUCCUCGCGCCCGACUGUGGACUCCUUGCUCGACCAGCUCAGCACCGACGUACCCAAUGGCCGCGCAUCAGUAUCGCCAGUACCACCAUCAUCAGGCGGCACUUUACCACGGCCGGGUACUAAGCACGUGACGGUGACAGUCCAGGAGACGGUGGUGGAGCCGGCGCAGGCGCAGCCUCCCGCCACCACCGCCGUCGCACGCCACCAUCAUCACGCCUCCAACGCCACGAAGGAGCUCGAUGAUCUGAUGGCCACGCUUUCUGACUUUAAGGUUAGCGGCACAGGAGGUGAGGGUGGAACACACGUGUACCGGGAGAAGCGCGCGUGGCAGGAGCACUACCGCAGCAGCCCGCGGCAACCGGAAUCCGCCUCUCUCGAGCAUAUGCUCGGAUCUCUCCGAGCAGACAUGAGCCGCCAAGGAGUACAGACCCCCCAGAAGGGUUGCUGCAAUGCCUGCGAGAAGCCCAUCGUUGGACAGGUGAUCACCGCGUUGGGCAGGACGUGGCACCCGGAGCACUUCACGUGCGCACACUGCAACCAGGAGCUGGGCACGAGGAACUUCUUCGAGCGAGAUGGCCGGCCGUACUGCGAGCCUGACUACCACAACCUGUUCUCGCCACGUUGUGCUUAUUGCAACGGCCCCAUUCUCGAUAAAUGCGUGACAGCGCUCGAGAAAACCUGGCAUACAGAGCACUUCUUCUGCGCUCAAUGCGGCCAGCAGUUCGGCGAAGAUGGCUUCCACGAGCGGGAUGGCAAGCCGUACUGCCGCAACGACUACUUCGACAUGUUCGCGCCAAAGUGCGGGGGCUGCAACAAACCCAUCAUGGAGAAUUACAUCUCCGCGCUCAACACCCAGUGGCAUCCCGACUGCUUCGUCUGCAAGGAAUGCCGCGAGCCAUUCCACGGCGGGUCGUUCUUCGAGCACGAGGGCCAGCCGUACUGUGAGACCCACUACCACGGCAAGCGAGGCUCCCUCUGCGCCGGCUGCCACAAACCCAUCGCCGGCCGGUGUAUCACAGCCAUGUUCCGCAAGUUCCACCCGGAGCACUUCGUCUGCGCCUUCUGCCUCCGACAACUCAACAAAGGCACCUUCAAGGAACAAAACGACAAGCCCUAUUGCCACACUUGCUUCGACAAACUCUUCGGUUAGGCGGCCAUUACACGCUUACAGUCAGCCAAUUGUAUCAGUCAUGCUCAUGCAUCGAACGAAUCAGUGUCUGAUGGAGUUUCAGCAUCUUUUUAGAUGGAAUAAUUUUCGUCAAUCAUAGUCUUGACUGUGGCAAAACUGACAGCAAAACCUUCCGAGUGAACUUUUUUAGAAGAAGUUCAUUAUUAUGUAACUAGAUGGCGCUGAUCAAAUUUGUGAUUCGUAAAGUGAGCGAUAGAUAGCGCUAUUAAGGAUAACUAAAUUGACCAUAAUGCAAUACAAUA